AUGCUCAUUGCUGAGCUCCCGAUGACCCACCUCCCCGGAGAGGACAUCCUCUUCUGCAUCGACAUCGACCUCGAGGAGGUCGUCGCCGCCGAUCAAGCUGCUGCCACCAACGACAGCGAGGCAGCCACGCUCCGCAGCGAGGUCGAGCGCCUCGAGGGUCUCCUCGCCGCGGAGAAGGCUAGCCAUGAGGAGGAGAUGCGCAGGGGUGCACAGCUCGGGGACCAGCUGCAGACCGUGUACCAGGAGAAGGCCGCCCUCGAGGAGGAGAUCGAGACCCUGAAGGGUUCCGCCACUGCCGAGGGCAAGGGCGUGGAAGAGGGAUGUGAUUCUGUUGCUGCUAGGGCCAGGACGCCUAAGGAUUAGGGCGUGGUGCCUCCCGCACUGGUCGCGGCUGCUGGAGCAGCUGCCACGGCUGGCAUCGUGGUGGUCUUGUUUAACCUCAAGAGGUAA